AUGGCCCCCUCCACCCCUGCCAACGUCACCAAUCCAGUGCUUGGCCUGAGCGGCUUCCCAGGGCUGGAGACGGCUCACCACUGGAUCGGCAUCCCCAUCUUCUCCGCCUACCUGGUUGCCGUGCUGGGCAACUGCACCAUCCUGUACGUCAUCUGGGCAGAGCCCAGCCUGCACCAGCCCAUGUACUAUUUCCUGGCCAUGCUGGCCACCACCGACCUGGGAUUCUGCCUCACCACCGUGCCCACCGUCCUGGGAGUCCUCUGGUUCCAGCUGAGGAAGGUCAGCCUGCAGCUGUGCGUUUCUCAGGGCUUCUUCUUCCAUUCCCUCUCCUUCAUGGAGUCAGCCGUGCUCUUUGCCAUGGCCCUGGAUCGCUACGUGGCCAUCUCCUUCCCUCUGAGGUACACAAAGCUGCUGACCACCAAUAGAGUGGCCAGGAUUGGUCUGGUCCUUUUCCUGAGAAGCACCCUCCUCCUCGUUCCCCUUAUACCUUUUCUUCUACAGUUCCCCUACUGCCCGGAUGCAACCCUUUCUCACUCCUACUGUCUCCAUCAGGACCUGAUCCGUUGGGCUUGUGCCAACACCACCUUCAACAGCCUAUAUGCUCUCAUCCUCAUCUUCCUCACCAUGGGCUCGGACCUCCUCUUCAUCCUCAUCUCCUACAGCCUGAUCCUGAAGACAGUCCUGGGAAGAACCUCGGGGGGUGAAGGCCACCACAAGGCCCUGGGCACCUGCGUCUCCCACCUCUGCGCCGUCCUGGUCUUCUACGUGCCAGUCCUGGGGCUCUCCGUGGUGCACCGCUUUGGCCAGCACGCCUCCCCCCUUCUCCACGUCGUCAUGGGCAACAUCUACAUCCUCCUCCCGCCCCUGAUGAACCCCAUCAUCUACAGCAUCAAGACCAAGCAGGUCUACAGCAGGAUCCUCCAAAUAGCCUCAAUCAAGAGUUCUAAGACUCAGCAUCACAAACGAGUUGGCCACACUGAGGUGGGAUGA